AUGCUGUAUGACAAGGUGCGCGGAAUAAGCUCUGAUCCAAAGGCUCAAUACACAAAACAGCUCGAAAAUGCAACACACUAUGAAGAAUGGGCAGAGGCUGCUACUAUGCUCGAUGAACUUGAAGGCAAGUCUUUUUUUUUUCUUUUUUGUCUUGAAAAAUGGAAACAAGAUCCUCGAUCACCAGACUAUGACUGGGAACUAGUAAAGACACGUCUUGAACAGCUCCGACACAUUCGCGAGUCUGGUCAGGGUCAGUCAUCCAUGAUCUUUGCUUUAAGAACGAGUUUGGCUAGAAAUCUUGGAGACAUUGGAAAUUCAACACUCUAUUCUCACACCAGAGUCGGUACAAAGCAUUUGAUCUCUGAUUACAUUGACGAAGUAGUCGAUCAAUUCAAUUGGUUGUGUGAUGAGCCAUCCGAUGAUCCUGAACUGGAUCUCAAAGCAAAACACGACUUUUUUAUGAAUAUCCGUCAGAGCUUUGGAAGAACUGCCAUACUCUUGAGUGGUGGAGGAACCUUAGGAACCAACCAUAUGGGUGUUUUAAAAUGUCUCCACAGUGCACGUCUGUUACCCCGCAUCAUGUCUGGUGCGUCCAGCGGAAGUUUGAUGGCUUCCUUUAUCUGUACAAGAACCGACGACGAGAUUGUAGAAUUAUUCAAGAAUUUCUCUGAUGUUGACUUGUUUGAAAAAGAAGGGAAACCAGAGACUCCAUGGAUGAGACUCCAUCGUCUGAUCACAUCUGGCCAGUUGUAUGAUAUCAAUAUUCUCAUUGAUGCACUGCGCUCCAAUCUUGGAGACUAUACUUUCCAAGAAGCGUUCAAUCGUACACGCUGGAUUCUCAACAUCACCGUUAGCUCCUCCACUAAUUAUGAUAUGCCCCAGCUAUUAAACUAUUUGACAUCCCCUGAUGUGGUUAUUUGGUCAGCUGUUGCUGCUUCAUGUUCUGUACCCUUCUUCUACACCUCCUCUCCAUUGUAUGCAAAAGACAAGAGCGGAAAAAUUGUUCCAUGGAAUCCAGUUGAUCAACUAUACAUUGAUGGAUCAGUCGAAAAUGAUUUACCCAUGACACGGUUGUCAGAGCUAUUCAAUGUCAACCACUUUAUCGUUUGUCAAGUUAAUCCUCACGUUAUUCCAUUUCUUCAAAAGGACAACAAGCCUCCUUCAAAAGUCAGACAGGCUGCUAACUUUUGUAUGCAUUUAGCCAAGACGGAAAUCCAACAUAGAUGUACUCAACUCACAGAACUUGGAAUGAUGCCACAUGCAUUGUACAAAGUUCAAGCCAUUAUGUCACAAAAGUAUUCUGGAGAUAUUACAAUUAUUCCCGACAUCGGAUACUCGGAUUACCUCAAGGUCCUGUCAAAUCCUACACCUGCCCUAAUAGUCGAAGCAAUCACUCGAGGAGAGCGUGCAACAUGGCCAAGUAAGAAAGAAAGAAAGAAAUAUAUAUAUAUAUAUCAUAUGAAUGUCAUGUAA